UAUGUAUCCUUUGGGAUACAGAAAACGAAUGAGAGAGAGAGAGAGACUGAGUAAGAUGGUGUUGGUGUAGUAGAAGUAAUAGUGUUAUGUGUAUAGUAAAAAAAAAGAACGAACAAGGUUAACAAAUAAACAUGAAAGACGGGGAAGAAAAAUUGAUCUGGUCUCUCUCUCUCUCCUUCUCAUCAUUGUACAUCUAGCGUUGUCCUUGAACAGAUCGAGCGACAUUUAUGUAUAUGCACAUGACAUAAUCGUUCGUCUUUUUUUUUUCUUCUAUUUCAACAGUUUUGGUAAACGAACUCCUAGUAAUCAAUAUCGGAUCAAUGAAUGUGUUGUGCUCGAACCAUCGGAAAUGCUUGUUAUUGAUUAUCCCGAGCUCGACCAUGCUUUGCAAAAUACGGAAUCAUUGAAGCAUAUCGUUAGUAAACAUAAUCGUCAACAAGAACAAGCUAUAACUCUACGAUCUGUAACAGUUGGCAAUAUGAAUGAUAUACAUUCAUCGAUGAUUCGUAGUUCACAUUCACGUGCUAGUGAUACAUCAAGUGCUUAUUCUGGAUCAGAUCUUAUGCAAUCAUCAACAAAUGGUGAAGAUUGUUUAAUGAUAAAUAAUGGGGAAAAUGGUCUAGGACAAAAUGAUGAUGUUGGAUUAAGUCGUUGUUUAAGUAUUCAUGAAAGUGAUGAUGAAUCUGAAACAUCAUCUGAACAUUCAUUUCCUAUUCAUGAUCAUAUACGAGAAGUUUUAAUGAAAGAAGCCAGUGAUCGUACUGAUGAUGAUAUUGAAGCUAUUUUAGAAUUUCUUCUUCAUUUUCCUGCAUUUGCAAAUUUAACAUUACAUGUUCGACGUGAACUAUGUAAAGUCCUUGUCUAUGCUCAAGUUGAAAAAGCUCAAACUAUUGUUAUGAAUGAUGGUGAACGUUAUGAUUCUUGGUCAGUUAUUAUAAAUGGUACUGUUGAUGAUGAAACAGUUGAUGGAGAACGUAUACGUCGAUUAACCGUUGGAGAAAGUUUUGGUUGUGGCCCAACACUUGAUCAAUAUUGUCAUACGGGUAUCAUGAAAACUUGUGUUGAUGAUUGUCAAUUUGUUGUUGUGGCUCAAAAUGAUUAUUAUGCAAUAUUAAAUCAAGGAGAAAAAAAUAUUCGAAAAAUUGAAGAAGGUGAACGAACUGUUAUGGUUAAAGAAAUACGAAUUGAUGAUGAUGAAUAUCGUAUACCACGUGAAAUAGUUAUAAAGGCAACAACUGAAAAAUUACUUGACUUAUUAGUUGAUGAAGAUCAAUUAAUUGAUGAUCCUUAUUAUGUUCAAGAUUUUCUUUUAACUUAUCGAACAUUUAUUAAUGAUCCAAUGAUAAUAGCCGAUAAAUUACUUCAUCAUUUCGAUGAAAAUAUUAGUUUACAGUCAUGUGUACAUAUUGCACGUGUUGUUUUAUCUUGGGUUAAUAAUCAUUACAAUGAUUUUGAAACAAAUACAAAACUAUAUGAAUUUCUUGAAAUAUUUGAUGAUCGAUUACAACAUCAUGAAACAGAAGAAAUUCGAUCGUGGAGAUAUUUAAUUGAUUUAGCUUGUUUUACAAAAGCUAGUCGACGUUAUGUUACAAUAACACGAUCAACACGAGAUGAUAUUUU